UUUGGGUUUAAAAAGCAUCUGCCAAAUGCCAUGUAAUGUAAUGUUAAUGUAAUGCUAUGUACACAUAUUUUGCAUCUCUGACUUUGAUCUUAAACGCCAACAUUAACAUAUAGAAUGGACAACAUGAAUAUAACCUUGUGGCAGCGGGGGCGUGGUCAAGCACCGGUCUGUGACAGGAGGGCGGAGUUGGGGAAGGUAAGUGGCAGAAUCGCUUCACCUGAGUGUCAUUAACCUGUGUUUUGUGUGUUCUCCCCAGUAAACCGCCCUAUUUAAGGAGGGAGAGCGAGACGCUGUGUGUGUGUGUCUCUCGCGCUACUUUGAAACAGUAUUGUAACCCUGAAAAGUGUGGCAAUAAAGCCGUUAGACAAACCUGAUCUCUGUCCUGCCGUCCUCUGUGCUCCACCCACACGCGAUUCUCGCUACAAACCUAGAUCAUAUGAAUAGCUCGGUCAGGCCAAUCAUGUAUUUUGUUGUGGAGUUCCUUGACAACUCUGUUGGGAUUGUAAGCAACAGCUGGACUAAUGGUGACAAUUCGAUGACCUUCUGGCCACCUUAUGCAGAUCCAAAUAAAUUUAAAAUGGCUCUAUUAACACAUGCAGUCCCUGGACCAGCGUGGACCACCCACACCAUCACAGUUUUGGGCACUGCAGAUGACUAUGAAAAGGCGAGAAAAAAGGCCAAAAUGGCAGAAACACAUUUAGCUGUCGCCAGUGAGCCUGAGGAGUUGGAGAGAUGCCAGUGUUCAAGACAACCAACGAAACGUUACAUCACCCUGCCUGAGCCUGGACCAAGUAGACCAUUGCCACCAGUUCCACCAGCAGCGAUGAACCUGACUCUUAUGAGCCCACCACCUUCACCAGUGAGGCAGCCAUCAUUGUCCUCAUCAAGUUCACACUCAGGCCAAGCCCAUCACAUGGACACCCAGCUGUUGAGCCCACCUCAACCCCUCCCAAUUCACCCCCCUUUGAGGCAGCCAUCAUCAUCCUCAAGAAAUCCAUCUGAACAAGUGGACGACCAACUUAGUCCACCCCUCCCUAUUUACCCACCUGCAAGGCAGCCAUCAUUAUCCUCAGGCCUUGAGAGAUAUUUGGUCUCUACGCUGGAGGAGAUUAAGGAUAGGCUGUCUGCAUUGGAGCGGACGGUGACAAUGUUGGCCAGAUCAGGCAGCAACAAACACGCAAAGCUGCCAGACAACUUGGAGCUACCUCUCCAGAACUUCCAGGACCUCAAUGGACUGGAGGAAAAACUGGAGGACAGCCCCUACCAAAAAGAAUUGACUGCUUAUCUGGGGACAAUUGGUGGUGCCACUGUCCAGGCCACAACCAGGAGGGUCCUGGCCACCGUUUUCGGCCAUUCAUUGGCCAUGACCAUCAAUUGGAAUGGGUGCAAUGACAAAAGGGCAUUCCGGGACCUAAAAUUAAAGAGGGUAGUUGUAGAUGCUGUUAGGAGAGGCUCAAUGGACUCCCCACCAGCAGCACAGAUUGAGGACGAGGUGAAGGUGUGGUUCCGGAAUGCCCGAGAUAGGGCGGGUGGCCGUAGGCAGCGGUACAUUCGAGUUGCAGCACAGGACGUUUAAUAUAUGUGUGUGCGCGUGCGUGUGUGUGUGUUAGUGGUGGAAGAUAUUCUUUACUUUUGAAUGACAACCUCACUGGGAUGUUAACCUAUAUACGCACCUGUCAAUUUACAGAGGUGUGCAAAAGCGUUUGAUGAACUGUAUGUAUUUGUUCAAAUUUAUUUAUUUAUUUAUUUAUUCAU